UGUUUACCAUCGGAAUUGUGACAACUAACAUUUCCCGCGCGUGAUUAAAUGAAUGUUUGUUCGUUGUUGAUACAAAUCGUCUACCAAAUAGCCAAAUCCCCGUCUGUUUUGGCUAAAAGUGUUGUCCUUUGUUCGCUUAAGCACAUCUACAAAACUCACUCAGCAAGAUGGAGACAACGCCUGAAAAGCGAUAUUCGGUAGAAGAUACAGAAAGUAUGUGGAAAACGUUAGUGGUUACAUUUACCGACAUCGUAAAUGAUCAUGGAUCACAUCUGGAGAAAAUUCUGAACAUGAUUCGAACGGAUAUUACGUACGAUGAUCCUGGUCUGUUCCCGAAGACACUGCUAACGGAGGCUGAACGACAGAAAUGUCGUGGUUUUGUUUACUGGCUUAUGUACCAGUUGCUCAGGAUAGCGUCAUUGGAAGUCUAUGAAAGCAUAUCUGAAAGCUACAUAAGUUUACAAAAGGAAAUAAUGAAGGCAUGUUUUAUUAAACAGCGAUGGUUGGCCCUAGAAAUUACUAUGGAAUUUAUUGAACUAUUAGAUCAAAUGAACGAUGGUCAGCAGCAUGGUUGUAAAAACACGAUUCACAAAUUUUAUGACGUUUUUAGCAACAGCACUAUACAUGGCGGUGACUACCAGUCUGAAAAAAUAGAAAUCAACACCAAGGCACGCUGUCGUAUGAUUCGUAUGCAUUGUUUACAUGCCAUAACUGAAUCCAUGACCAUGAUAGUUACCCAGCAAGACGAAGCAUCAACCCAAACUGUAAACGAUAGCAUAAAUGCAGUGCUGAAAACGUUGUCGUUGGGCAACCUAAAAGAGAAAGAUUUGUGCGUCAAAUUUUUCCAAGGAUAUUUCCACCACAACAAUCAGGCAUUAUACUGCGGAUUAUCUUUGCAGCAAACUUCCCAUAUGAUGAGCUUGAUAGCUGUUGCGUUAAGCCGAAUCAAUACAUGGUAUACGGGUAGACUUGUGAAUAAUCGAGAAGUGGAACAUUUUUUGCAAGUAUUAACAGAACUAUAUACCGCUAUUAAUAGCCAACAACUUUCGCCGCCGAUUGAACGAAAAUGGUCGCACAAAAUAAGCACGGUUACAACAGAGUUGCUGAACAAAAGUAAAGAUUUCCAACAACUUCAUGUAACAACAAUUAUUGAAUUGCAACGACAAAUGCUGACGUUCCUAGAGAAACUGAGUCCAUCAUUCGAUACCGGUGUUAGUUAUGCAGACUUCCUUAAAUGUAUCAAAAACAAAGAUUUUGAAGAAAUCAUGGCGAAACAAAUUUUUAAACAAAUCCAUAACGCACAAUCUAAUUCAAACGAACCGAAAACGAUUUCCGUUCACAAAAUAUCGGUACGUCUGGUGAGCAGCAUAUGGAGUAUCCUGUUGGAAAGAAUGGUACAUAACAUCAACCUAUUGGAGCGUGCUUUGACGAUAGCCAAUAACGUUAUCUAUAAAUUAAGCACUCAGAACAUAUCCUCCAACAGUGAUGAUAAUAAUGAAAUGAAUGAUCAACAGUUGCUGUUUUUUGAAUCGAAACUAUCGCUCUUGGAUGCGGCGUUUGUGGUAGAAAAAAUCGGCGAUAGGCCAACGGAUCUCUUCAAUGCAAUCGUUGACAUAAUUCAUGUAAGCGAUUGCCAAUUGCUAACCGCAAACCAACAACACACCUUACUUCAAGUUCUAUUUGAACCAUUCAAGAAAACUAUUAACAAUGCAAGGAACUCACAGCAACAAUGGAACCCACAUAUGAACGAUGAUCCACAUUGUCACUACGCACUGUUGCAGCUAUGUAAAUUGCAAGCCAAAAAUCUUCACGAUGAAGUAGUAAAUAGUUGCCUAAAAGAACAGUUGACGUCGCUGCUGAUGUUCAUCGUCAAGUCGAAUGAUUGCACUGCAUUGAAACGAACACUUCUGCAGGGUUUUAAUUUGCUAGUAUUGUCCUCCAAACUUGAUUUGAAGGUAUUAUUUGAAAAUGUGUUUGUUCCGCUAUUACCCACUAAUAAUGAUGAUACAGAAGCAUUAGUGGUUAUGCUCGCAGUCUGGAAUUUGCUUUGUUGCAUUCGUUCCGAUGAAAACCAACGUUUCCAUGUGUACCAGACAACGGAAAAUAAUCGUAUCUUUCAAUGUUGUGAAUGUAGUCAGCCACCAGAAUCUAUCACACGUUGUAAUGGCUGUUACCUUAAAGCAGACUCGAAGCAGUUGCUUUCACAAGGGAAGUCUAUUGAUGUGGAAUCCCAUAUGCGAAUGGCACUAUUGAAAACAAUUAACACAAAUGAAGAAUCAAUUUUAUUGGCCUGGGCAAAUCUCCUUCCUAGUGCAUUGAAACAUUCGUUCGCAUGUAUGAUGGAUGAGAAGCUAGUAUCAUUUUGGAUGUGUUUAUUCAGAAGCAAUUCAACAAAAGUAUGUGAACAAAUCGGCAUGCACAUUCCGUCGAUCGUACAAACUCUCACCACCAAACUGAACAACGAACCGGACCAGUAUGAAAAGAGUGUAACCAGAUUGAUCGAGCAGUUAUUGCUUGCUACGAAACAUUGCAUCACGACGAAAACGGAUCAUACCCAUCAAAUGGUCGUAGUAAGAAUGAUUGUGGAGUUUGCAGAUGCCCAUUACCGUGCUACAAUCAAUAGAGUAUCGGAUGAAUCUAAGGAAGUAUUAUUUCACUGCGUGCGAAUGAUGAUUUUUCUAUUGAUGCAUCCGGAAUCACAUGUUACACAUGAAGCCUCAUUUGCGAUUGCAGAAAUAUGCGCAAGACAAGAUACAAGUCCAUGGAAAAUUCUUUCAUGGUAUCGCCAUGAUAUCAUCAAACAAAUGAUUGGCAUUGCCGUUAGCAAUUAUAUUCUUGCAGAAAUUAGUCUGCACCAAUCGAUGAACAUUGUAAGCCAUACAUUCGAAUGUAGAGAUCCGGUUGAUUUUGUUGGUAAGCAUUAUAAAAUCAUCAUGGCGAUGCUGUUACCUUGGUGUCUUCGACUGCCAAAAUGUGAGGCUCUUUUGCGUGAAGUAGCGAUUAUCAUGCGGAAAGAUUUGGUGGCAAUAUUAUCUAUAUCAUUCUUGACGAUUUACACGUACCUGUUUAUUAGCGAAUCUGUGGAAGUUACGAACAAAUGCAUCGACUACAUCAUGAAGCUUACCGGCAACAGUUUCUUCCAUUUGCUUCAUUCGGAUAUUAAGCGGACGGUAUCUGAAGUUUUGAUAUACUAUCAUAUCAGCGCAGAAUGCGUUAUGCACGCAUUUCGUAGUUUACUAUCCAAAGACAGCGAAAUCGAUGAGGUAUCAACAGCACGAAUUGCAGAAUACAUUGCAGAGCGAUUUCUAGGUGUACUGACCAACUUGGAGGCAACUCUUGUCAAUCCUGAUGGAGAGAAAUUUUUCAAACGUCUGGCGCUGCUCAGUCUUGGCGAUAUUAUACGUUUACUAGGCGGGGAACAUAUAACACCAUUUCGAUUCAAAAUAAUUGCUGUGCUACGAACUGCAUUAGCGCUACCAGAAGCAACGGCGCUGACUAAAAUUUGCGUAAAUACGUGGCGUAUUUUCAUAUGCACAGUCGAUGUGCGUCAGCUAGGUUCACUAUUAAGUACAAUAUUUGUGACACUGGAACCAUUGCUUCUUUCGUACCCGGAAGAUAUUGGAUAUAUUUUUCGGUACCUGGUUAUAGAGAAUAAUAGUCUGCUGGGGAAUCAUUUCGGCGAUCUAUUCUUUCUUGAAGACACGAAUGUCGCGAAUGACAUUAAAAAAAUUGUAGCAUCACGUACUCAGAAGCAUGAUCAUACAGAUGGAAGCGAUCAAUUUGUAUUUCACCUUGAGGAGCUGAUUCGUCAUUGCAAUCAUGAAAAUUUAAAGAUACGAGCAUACGCUCUCGCCUACCUAUGCAGACUUUGUGAAACCAGCCGUGCUGAGAUAAAUGAAGCUAUUUUGGGUCAACACCAAACAAUGGGCCUUAACACUAUAGCUACAAUGGUAGAUACGUUUAUACGCGGACUCUGUGAGCAGGACACGAUCCUUCAACAAAGAGCUGCAGAAUGUCUGGGCGAGCUGGGCGCUCUUGCACCGAGUCAUUUACCACCGAAUUAUGCUCCAACGGGAUUAGGGUUCGCAUUAAGCAUUCAUUCAGAUAGUUUUGCCAUCAUCGCGCUACGCGAACUGUGCCGAGCAUAUCAACGCCAAAAGGAUUCCAAAUUCGUCGACAGUUUUUCUCUCGCUAUACAGGAAAUACUGAAUGAAAGAGGUGUUUCACCGACAGCAGAAAAAAAACGUGAAGUGUGGGAAACUAUACCAGAACGAUUGCGUCCAAUCAUGGAACCAUUAUUAACGUCCUGUUAUACAACAGUAUCACGAGCGUCACUAUCGAUGGUCCAUCCCGUAUUCAACUAUAUUCUUUCGAGCCAUGAAUGGUGUUACCGAUGGGCGUCACAAAUGAUAGAAAGCAUAACACGUGAAUCCACUCGCAAUCUUCUGCGAGCUUUCAAGCCAAGCUUGCGCUGCGAUAGAGCAACUCUUUUGAUGAUGCUACCAUACGUACUACUUCAUUCACUACAACUCAGCAGUGGAAACGAAUCAAGGAAUCGAAUAGCAGAAGAACUGCAUACAGUAUUUCUCGCAGCCAUAGCUCAUUCCGAAAGUGUUUCCACCAUAUCUGCAGUGGACGAACGAAACGACUUAGAAGAUGUGGCAACCAAUACUGUGGGAGAAUCGGUCGUCUGCAUAACUCAAGAGCAGUAUGACUCUUCUAGCAAAGAUCUAGCGUUGCAAUGCGCGAAGUAUGCAUUUGGUUUGUUCGAUUUUCUCGAACGAUGGAAACGACAGCACCUUAAAGAAGUGAUAGCAAGCAGCGAUAACCUUCCAGAAAAUCAACACGAGUUUGAGUUAGUUGAUACGUUUCUGAAGACAUUUGAUAGCGAUCUAUUGGCGCAAGUGAAUUUCAAAUGCCAAGAAUAUGCACGAGCUCUGCAAUAUGUAGAGUACAGCUUGACGGGUGAAGAUAAGGGUAAAAAACUGCAGGAUAAAUUAUCAUUCUUGAGUGAAAUUUUUUCACGUCUCGGUGAUACUGAUUCAGUGGAGGGUGUGAUGGCCUUGAAAGCAACGGAGCCAACGCUGCAAGAGCUGAUUCUUUAUCACAACGCUACUGGACGGUUACAAGAAGCAGUGGCCUGCUAUGAACGAUUGUUGCAGUUAACUAGUGUUGAAGAGCAAGCCCCUAGUCUCGAAUAUGUGAAUAGUAUGAUUGAGUGUUAUCUAAGACUCGACCAACCGGAAACAGCAUUACUGUUAGCGGAAAGUUUGCUUGUUCGAUAUCAUGAUACAGCUCUGCAUAAGCCUCUGCUGGACAUACAAGCGGAACCACUGUACCGACUUGGAAGAUUUGAAGAGCUCGAGGAAUUGAUCGUUCAAAGACAGGCUGACCAGUUGAGCGGAGCUAUCGAUGGUGAGGAACGACAUUGGGGAGUUAUUUGUGGUUCAUUAAUAAUUGCUUUCCGGCAAACGAAUUAUGAAAGAUUUUGCUCCGAAAUAGAACGUGCAAGGCUGCAUGUAGUGCAAGGUAGCUGUAGUGAACGUAUCAGCUCCCGACCAUUCGAUGAACAGCUGGGUACAUAUGAAAGCCGUUAUGAUCAGGUGUUAAAGCUACACAUUAUUCAUGAGUUCGCCAAGUGUGGCCAUAUUAUGCAGAAUCUACGCUCUGUACAUUGCACUAUGGCCGAUGAUUGUAAUAGAGCAGCCACUCUAUAUGACGAUGUCCAGAACCUUGUCAAUAAUCUGAAUACCAGACUUGAGGUAUUGCAACCGAAUGCAACCACAAUAGAACCAAUCAUUAGCCUGAGGCGUAUACUGCUGAAGGAAAUAAGGCAAACUAUAGAUGCAAUCAGUUGGAAGCCAAACGAUAAUGAGAACAAUGUGAAACAACUUCGCCAGCUGAUAGAUCAGACAAUCGGAAAGCUUUGGAUGAAGAGCACCGAACUAGCAUCGCGAGCCAAUAUGUAUCAGCAGGCGCUAUUAUACAUUCUACACGCGGAAAGUUAUCGCCCUCCUGAUCUUUUCAUAAAAAAUGCGAAGCUGUUGUGGGACCGACGCGAUAUGACAGGUGCAUUGAAAGUUCUUGAGCGAGGAGUUAAUGAAAUACUUGGCGAUGUUGCUUCUUGUUCAACAGAUACGAAUAAUUUGAAAACGAUUCCGAAAGAUCUUCGUUUGAUAUACGCAGAAGGAAAACGGCUCAUUGCGUCAUACAAUGCAGAAGCUUCGAAUAUAUCAGCAACUCUGAAUCGACGCUAUUUCAAAGAAGCGUUAGAUGUAAACCCGGAAAGUGAAAUUGCAUUAGUGCAGUUAGGCCAGUAUAUUGAUAAAUUGUACAGCUCUAGCCCUGCAGGCGAACAGAACUCGGCAAACUGUUGGGAAAUGAUGUUUGACGUAAUGAAAUGUUAUGGGAAAUCGAUGAUGUUUGGAUCAAGCUACAUCUAUCAAUCUAUGCCUCGAAUUCUAAGUAUUUGGCUCGAUUCUACUGCUAAGGCUGUCCAAAAAUCUGAAGAGGUUUCUAGUACUGGUGCCAUCAUGAGUCGCAAGAUUGCACAGUCUAUGAAUAAGUUGGCCAACAAAUUCAAAGACACAUUGUCGCCAUAUUUCUUUUUCACCGCUUUCUCCCAGCUAAUAAGUAGAGUUGCCCACCCCUCACAGGAGACAUUCCACGUGCUAAAAGGAAUUAUUGUUAAAUUACUACUCAACUAUCCACAGCAAACAUUAUGGAUGAUGCUUAGUGUGUAUAAAUCAUCCUACACCAACCGAGUGCGACGAUGUGUAGAGAUAUUUAACGAUCGUCAAUUACUCCAGGUGGAAAAUAUGCAAAAGUUGAUAAAAGACUUCAAUGAGUUGGCGGAACGUCUUAUCGAGCUUACUAACAAAGAAAUCGCAGGACCUGCGCGUGGCAUUCGGAAUAGUAAUACGAUGAAAAUUACAGUCUCUUCGUUAGUAAAAGCGUUACCCAAACUGUUGGCUGAUAAAAACUUUUCCAGCGUUAUAAUUCCUAUUGAAAAAUGCAUGCAGCUAGUGCUGAACAAAAAUAGUGGAAUGAACUUUCAGCCGUAUCCUACGAAUGCGAUAUAUAUUGCAGGAAUUGAGGAGGAGCUGACGGUGUUAUUCUCCCUGCAAAAGCCUCGUAAAAUUGCACUUCGCGGACAUAAUGGAAAACUGUAUACAAUGAUGCUGAAACCUAAAGAUGAUCUAAGAAAAGACUUCCGAUUGAUGGAGUUCAAUGCGGUUGUUAAGCAAUAUCUAGCACAAGACCCAGACGCUAAGUUUCGAAGAUUGUACAUACGCACGUAUGCAGUGUUGCCGUUGAAUGAAGAGUGCGGCAUAAUAGAAUGGAUAUCGAACUUGAACCCAUUUCGCGGUAUUGUGUGUACAUACUACAAACAGCGUGGACUGGGAAUGACAGUGACAGAGUUACGAAAAUUCGCGUUUGAACGUUCAGAACCGCUGGCAAAAAAACGGCAAGCAUUUGAAUCCACUCUUGUCCCUAGUCAUCCACCAAUGUUUGGAGAAUGGUUUCGGGACUGUUUUCCCAAUCCUAAUAACUGGUUUCAAGCUCGUUCAUCGUACAUAAAAACUACAGCAGUCAUUUCGAUGGUGGGCUACAUUCUAGGACUUGGCGAUCGACAUGGCGAAAAUAUUCUAUUUGACUCGACUAAUGGUGACACGGUGCACGUGGAUUUUAAUUGCUUAUUUAAUCGAGGAGAAACGUUUACGAUCCCAGAGUUGGUACCGUUUCGCUUAACGCACAAUAUGGUCCAUGCAAUGGGACCCCUUGGAGUAGAAGGACUGUAUCGUCGGUGUUGUGAAAUAGUUUUGAGAAUAUUACAGACGCACGCGUCAACCUUCAUGUCUGUCCUAAAGCCUUUCGUAUACGAUCCCAUGGUAUCCUGGAGAAAGAUUGGGAAUGCAAAUAUAGGUCAGGGUGAACCGAACAGCCGGGAUUGUCACUUGGAACGAACGGACCCCCAGGCAAUGCAUAAUGUGUUGAACAUUGAGGAAAGAUUAAAGGGUUACGUUAAGAUAAAGGGAAAAUUAUCACACAUGCCACUAUCGAUUGAAGGGCAGGUAGAUCAUCUGAUUAAGGAAGCCACAGACAUAGACAAUCUCGCGCAAAUGUACAUUGGCUGGUCGGCAUAUACAUGAUGAAGAAAAGGUUGUAUUUUUUUGUGAAGUAAAAUGUAUAACGUUUGUAUGUAAAA